AUGCUGGAGAACUUUGAACUUACAUCCUCGCUGGGUUGCUGCUGUGGAGCAGAGAAUGUGGAAGCAACAACAAAACAGAAGGUUUGUGUUAAAGUGUCCCAGGCAAGGAAGCCCAAGGUAGCCUUUUCUUCCAGGAAGAGCCACCCCUGUGAGAGUUGUGGAAUCGUCUUGGGAAACAUUUUCCUCAUGAUGGAGCUGCAGGGAACACAACACAGACAGAUACUGUUGAGGUGUGGGGCGUGUGCAAAAUGGUUUUACUUCACUGUAAAAUUUCACCAGCAGCAUGUGAGAGAGAAGACUCUCAUUAGAGGGGUGGGCAGGAUCUCACUUGCAAACAGCUGCAAUUUCAGUGUGUCCCAGAAUCAUUUCACCUGUGAGGAGGUUGGGCAGGGUGUCCUUACCAGGUCAGGACAUUUCCACAUAAAGACUACUCAGACCAGGGAUAGUACGAAUGCCAUUUCAACACCUGGGAUGAUGUUUCAAAGGAGAGAAAAUUGUUUCACCAGAGAAGAAUGUAAGAAAGUCAAUAGUUGCAUCCACAUGUUUAUUCAGGAAAAGGGUGUCAAUGUUAGAAGACGAUGUUUUGUGUGCUCUGAAUGUGGGAAAUCUUUUACAAGUAAGUCUCACCUUCAUUAUCAUCAGAGAGUUCACACAGGAGAAAAGCCUUAUAAAGGCAGUAAACGUGGAAAGUCUUUUACAAGGAGCACUUGCCACCAAUAUCAUCAAAGAGUUCAUACAGGUAAAAAGCCUUAUCAAUGCAGUGAAUGUGGGAAGCCUUUUACCACUAGCAGCCAGCUUCGUAGUCAUCAGAGAGUUCACACUGGAGAAAAGCCUUAUCAAUGCAGUGACUGUGGGAAGACUUUUACCACUAGAAGCCAGCUUGUUAAUCAUCAGAGAGUGCACACUGGAGAAAAGCCUUAUAAAUGCAGUGAAUGUGGAAACUUUUUUACCCGGAGCAGUUCCCUUCGUUGUCAUCAGAGAAUUCAUACAGGAGAAAAGCCUUAUAAAUGCAUCGAAUGUGGGAAAUCUUUUAUCAACUGCAAUGCGCUUCGUUGUCAUCAGAGACUUCAUACAGGAGAAACACCUUAUCCGUGCAUUUAUUGUGGGAAAACUUUUACACAAGCUGGUAGUCUCCAAUAUCAUCAGAGAGUUCACACUGGAGAAAAGCCUUAUAAAUGUAGUGAAUGUGGCAAGUCUUAUAUAAAUAGCAAUGGUCUCCAAUGUCAUCAGAGAGUGCACACUGGAGAGAGGCCUUAUAAAUGCAGUGAAUGUGGGAAAUCUUUUACCCAUAGCAGUGCCCUUCGUUGUCAUCACAGAGUUCACACUGGAGAAAAGCCUUAUAAAUGCAGUGAAUGUGGAAAUUGUUUUACCCGGAGCAGUUCCCUGCGUUGUCAUCAGAGAAUUCAUACAGGAGAAAAGCCUUAUCAAUGCAGUGACUGUGGGAAAUGUUUUACCUGGAAAAUUGAACUUCGUCGUCAUCAGAGAGUUCAUACAGGAGAGAAUCCUCAUAAAUGCAGUGAAUGUGGAAAGUCUUUUACAAAUAGCACCCGUCUCAAAUAUCAUCAGAGAGUUCACACUGGAGAAAAGCCUUAUAAAUGCAGUGAAUGUGGGAAAUGUUUUACCUGUAGUACUAACCUUCAUACUCAUCAGAAAGUGCACACUGCAGAGAAGCCUUAUAAAUGCAGUGAAUGUGGGAAAUCUUUUACCUGGAGCACCAACCUUCGUACUCAUCAGAGAGUGCACACUGCAGAGAAGCCUUAUAAAUGCAGUGAAUGUGGGAAAUCUUUUACCUGGAGCACCACCCUUCGUACUCAUCAGAGAGUUCACACUGGAAAACAGCCUUAGAAAUGCAGUGAAUGUGGGAAAUCUUUUACAAGUAGCAAUGGUCUUCAAAAUCAUCAGAGAGCUCACACUGGAGAAAGCUGCUAUGAGUGCAAUUAAUGUGAGAUAUCUCUCAGUCUAAUUUGUAAAUAAUUCUACAUAACAAAGUCCGGAUAUGAUAAGGUUCUUAGAUGUGUAGGAAAUGUAGUUUCUUAAUAAGGAUUUAUCAGUUGUAUAAGAAAAUAAAUGAAGUCUCAUUAGUCUGAAUUACAUCUCAUACAUUUA